AUGGAGGACAAGUUCUACUCAGUGAUCUUCCCAGACGUGCGGAAUUUCCGCCCCUUCACUGCUGACUCUCUCGAUGCCAUUAAUAAGCGGAUUGCCAUCCAGAAGCAGAAAAAGAAAUCUGAAGAUAAGACAGCCAUAGAACCGAAUCCUCGACCUCAGCUUGACCUCAAGGCCUCCAGGAAGUUGCCCAAACUAUAUGGUGACGUCCCCAGGGAGCUCAUAGCAAAGCCCCUGGAAGACUUGGACCCCUUCUACAGAAAUCAUAAGACGUUUAUGGUGUUGAACAAAAAGAAGACCAUCUACCGCUUCAGUGCCAAGCGUGCCUUGUUCAUUUUUGGACCGUUCAACUCAAUCAGAGGUUUAGCCAUUAGAGUCUCGGUCCACUCGCUGUUUAGCAUGUUCAUCAUCUGCACGGUCAUCAUCAACUGUGUGUUUAUGGCCAUCGCCCCUGGGAAAGACACCAGUAGUACAUACGCUGAGUAUGUCUUCACGGGGAUCUAUAUUUUUGAAGCUUUGAUCAAAAUAUUGGCAAGAGGCUUUGUUCUGGACGAGUUUUCUUUCCUUCGAGAUCCCUGGAACUGGCUGGACUCCAUUGUCAUCGCAACUGCGUUUGUGUCCUAUUGCCCGAAAACCAACAUCAGCUUGUCCUCCUUGCGGACCUUCCGGGUGUUCAGAGCUUUGAAAGCUAUUUCAGUGGUUUCAGGUCUCAAGGUCAUCGCUGGGGCCUUGAUUCGCUCGGUGAAGAAGCUUGUGGAUGUGAUGAUUUUGACCUUCUUUUGCCUGAGUAUCUUCGCCCUGGUGGGGCAGCAGCUUUUCAUGGGCAAUCUGAACCAGAGAUGUGUCAAGGUGAACUGUACCAACGAAACGAUUGCUAGAGAUAAAGAGGGUUGCAUUGAAAAGAAAAAAGGUUCGACGGAAGACAGGAUGUGUAGCCUCUGGAGCAAUGCCAGCUCCUGCUCGGAACAAUUUACAUGCAAACACACCAAACACAAUCCUGAUUAUAAUUAUACCAAUUUCGACAACUUUGGCUUGUCUUUACUUGCCAUGUUCCGGCUGAUGACCCAAGAUUCGUGGGAGAGGCUUUAUCAACAGACACUGCACACCACUGGGUACUACUCGGUCUUCUUUUUCGUGGUGGUCAUCUUCCUGGGCUCGUUCUACCUGGUGAACUUGACCCUGGCCGUCGUCACCAUGGCUUAUGAGGAGCAGAACAGGAACGUGGCUGCUGAGACGGAGGCCAAGGAGAAGAUGUUUCAGGAGGCCCAGCAACUGUUAAAGGAGGAGAAGGAGGCUCUGGUUGCCAUGGGAAUCGACAGAAGUUCGCUGACGUCUCUGGAAGCCUCCUCUUUUUCCCCAAAGAAGAGAAAAUUCUUUGGUAGCAAAAAAAGGAAGUCCUUUAAGAAAAAGUCUAGAAACGACCAGCCUUCCGGAUCUGAUUCAGAUGAAGAAUCCAAGAAAAAGCCACACCUCCUAGAGCAAACCAAACGGCUCUCCCAGAAUCUGUCAGUGGACCCGUUCGAUGAGCAUAAUGACCCCUUUCAAAGACAGAGGGCUUUGAGCGCUGUAAGCAUCCUCACCAUCACCAUGCAGGAACAAGAAAAGUCACAGGAGCCUUGCCUCCCGUGUGGGGAAAACCUGGCAUCAAAAUACCUCAUAUGGAAUUGCAGCCCUCAGUGGAUAUGUGUGAAGAAGGUGUUGAAAACUGUGAUGACUGACCCCUUUACUGAACUAGCCAUCACCAUCUGCAUCAUCGUCAACACCAUCUUCCUGGCCAUGGAACACAACAAAAUGGAUGAAGGCUUUGUGAACAUGCUGAAUAACGGGAAUCAGGUGUUCACGGGCAUUUUCAUAGCAGAGAUGUGCCUCAAAAUCCUGGCACUGGAUCCCUACUACUACUUCCAGCGCCGCUGGAAUGUGUUUGACUGCAUUGUGGCGAUUCUGAGUUUUGCCGAUGUGAUGACCUCCACCAAAUGGCCCUUUUUCCGCUCCUUCAGAGUGCUGAGGGUCUUCAAGUUAGCCAAAUCCUGGCCAACGUUAAACACGCUGAUUAAGAUCAUUGGGCACUCCUUUGGAGCCCUUGGGAACCUGACGGUAGUCCUGGCCAUUGUUGUCUUUAUUUUCUCAGUAGUUGGCAUGCAGCUUUUCGGUACCAAGUUCAAUGCCAAUAUUUCUAACUGUAGCCUGACAAGCUUAUGUCCCCGACGCUGGCACAUGGAAGAUUUCUACCACUCCUUCCUGGUGGUGUUCCGAAUUCUCUGUGGGGAAUGGAUCGACAACAUGUGGGAAUGUUUGCAAGCAACUGAAAACUACUUGUGCAUCGUUAUCUUUCUAUUGAUCAUGGUGAUAGGAAAACUUGUGGUGCUUAACCUCUUCAUUGCCUUGCUGCUCAACUCCUUCAGCAACGAGGAGCGAGACGGGAAUGCAGAAGGAGGGGCUAAGAAGACCAAAGUGCAGCUGGCCCUGGACCGCUUCCACAGGGCUUUGUGCUUGGUGAUGCGGACGCUGCGGCAUUUCUGCUACAAGUGGUGCCGGAGGCAACGCUCAGCCAGACCAAAAGAGGUCAUGGGGGAUUCCGCAUCUCAGAGCAAAGAUAUCAUUCCCCUGGUCACCGAUAUCAGAAGGGGUCCCGGGACACUGGAGGCUUUGGGUGCCCCACCCUUGCCACCCAAGGCUGUGGGCGAUGGGCAGGAGCGGACCUGGUUGGCCCCACUUGCUGAGGAAGAAUGCGAUACCGAGUCUCCUGAUGGCAACAAUCCACAGACUUCCCUACGACCCGAAGCUGGAAAACAGGUCCAUGAACUUCACCAGGAAGCCAUGAAGUCUACCAACCUAGAAGUUCAAAGUGUGGAAAUUGACAUAUUCUCGGAAGAUGAUGAUUAUCUGACACUUCAGAAUCCCCAAAAGAAGUCUGACACGGCUAGUAUGCUGUCGGAAUGUAGCACUAUCGACCCUACGGAUCCCUUUAGGCGACUACCUGAAAUGACCCCCAAAAAGCAACCUGAGAGAUGUCUGCCCAAAGGCCUGGGAUGCUGCUUUCCAUGCUGUGGCGUGGACAAGAGAAAGUCCCCCUGGGUCAUAUGGUGGAACCUGCGGAAAACCUGCUACCAAAUAGUGAAGCACAGCUGGUUUGAGAGCUUUAUUAUCUUUGUGAUUCUGCUGAGCAGUGGGGCGCUGGUAUUUGAAGAUGUUCACCUUUCGGAACAACCCCAAAUCCAAAUAUUACUUAAUUGUACUGACCGGAUUUUCACAAACAUUUUUAUCCUGGAGAUGGUUCUGAAAUGGGUGGCCUUUGGAUUUGGAAAGUAUUUCACCAGUGCUUGGUGUUGGCUGGAUUUCAUCAUUGUGAUUAUCUCUGUGACCAGUCUCAUCAACGUAAAGGAGUUAAAAUCUUUCCGGACUCUACGAGCUCUGAGGCCCCUCCGAGCGCUGUCCCAAUUUGAAGGAAUGAAGGUGGUGGUCAAUGCUCUCAUAGGUGCUAUUCCCGCCAUCCUGAAUGUUUUGCUUGUCUGCCUCAUUUUCUGGCUCAUAUUUUGUAUUAUGGGAGUAAAUCUCUUUUCUGGAAAAUUUGAAAGAUGUCUUAAUGGAACAGAAAUUGCAAAUGUUGACAGCAUUGCCAACAAAACCCAAUGUGAGAAUCAAAGUUACCCCUGGGAAAACCUGAGAGUCAACUUUGACAACGUGGGAAUGGCUUACCUUGCUCUUCUGCAAGUGGCAACAUUUAAGGGAUGGAUGGAAAUUAUGUAUGCGGCCGUGGAUUCCACAGGGGCCGGCAACCAGCCCAGGUUUGAGGAGAAUAAGUACAUGUACCUGUACUUCAUAGUUUUUAUCAUCCUUGGCUCGUUCUUCACUCUGAAUCUCUUUAUUGGUGUUAUUAUUGACAACUUCAACCACCAGCAGAAAAAGAUAAGUAUAUGCAGGAACAAAUGCCAAGCGUUCGCGUUCGACCUGGUCACCAGCCAGGUCUUUGACAUCCUCAUCAUCAGUCUCAUUGCCCUCAACAUGGUUAGCAUGAUGGCCGAAACAGCUGACCAAAGUGAAGACAUGACAAAAAUCCUUGAGAAUCUCAACCUGGCCUUUGUGGUUAUCUUUACAGUAGAGUGUCUCAUCAAAGUCUUUGCUCUGAGGCAGUACUACUUCACCAAUGGCUGGAAUUUAUUUGAUUGUGUGGUCGUGGUUCUUUCUAUUGUUAGCACAAUGAUCUCUGCUUUGGAACACCACAACAGCAUCCCCUUUCCUCCCACACUCUUCAGGAUCGUGCGCCUGGCUCGGAUAGGCCGGAUCCUGAGACUCGUCCGAGCCGCACGAGGAAUUAGAACUCUGCUUUUCGCCCUGAUGAUGUCCCUGCCUUCCCUAUUCAACAUUGGUCUUUUGCUCUUUCUGGUCAUGUUUAUCUAUGCCAUUUUUGGCAUAAGCAAUUUUUCCAGGGUGCGGCCCGAGUCUGGAAUUGAUGACAUCUUCAACUUCCGAACCUUUGUCAGCAGCAUGCUCUGUCUCUUCCAGAUCACCACCUCGGCAGGCUGGGACACCCUCCUCGGCCCCAUGUUGGUAACAAACAGCUCGUGUGACCCCUCUGUGGAUGACUGCUACCUCUCUGUCAAAGCCAUAACCUACUUUGUCAGUUACAUCAUCAUCUCCUUCCUCAUUGUGGUCAACAUGUACAUCGCCGUGAUUUUAGAGAACUUCAAUAUCGCCACCGAGGAAAGCGAGGACCCGCUGAGCGAAGACGACUUCGAGAUAUUCUACGAAGUCUGGGAAAAGUUUGAUCCCAAAGCAACACAGUUCAUCAAAUAUUCUGCCCUUUCUGACUUUGCGGAUGCCCUGCCUGAGCCUUUACGUGUACCGAAGCCAAACAGAUUUCAAUUUCUAGUCAUGGACUUGCCCAUGGUGAGUGGGAAUCGCCUGCACUGUAUGGAUAUUCUCUUCGCGUUCACCACGAGAGUGCUUGGUGAAUCCGACGGCCUGGAUGCCAUGAAGGCAAUGAUGGAGGAGAAGUUCAUGGAAGCCAACCCUUUCAGGAAGCUGUAUGAGCCCAUCAUCACCACCACCAAGAGGAAAGAAGAGGAAAGGUGUGCUGCUGUGAUCCAAAAGGCCUUUCGGAAGUACCUGGGGAAGAUGCCCAAGGGUGACUUGGAAGAGGGCCCGCCUCACUCAUCACUCCAGACAUUCUGCAAUGGAGACUUGUCCAGCGCGGGGGUGACUGUAGGCAAGGUCCACUGUGACUGAGCCCCUUGCCUCCACCCCUACCGCACAGCCCCCCAGCCUUCACUC